AUGGAAAUGCCGUCACUCGGCCAACUAAACAACUCAGACAUAAGUCAUGCCGAAGGCCUUAUCCCGAAGGAGUUUGGCCAAGAUGCUGUGGAGAUUCCCGGUUCACGAACUCUACUGGAGAAGCUCGAAGAACAAGCUAUCCCCUGGUGUAUCGUAACAUCCGGAACCCGACCACUUGUCACUGGCUGGCUUGAUGUUAUGAGUCUGAGCGAUCUGAGCAGCCAGCGAGAGCUGGCCCACCCGAAGAAGCUGGUCACAGCUGAAGACGUCGAGAGCGGAAAGCCGGAUCCCGCAUGCUACCAACUAGGGGCGAAACUACUUGGUCUGCAACAACUCAGUCCGUCCAUCGUGGUGUUCGAGGACGCGCCUGCUGGAGUGCGAUCUGGUAAAGCUGCUGGAUAUACCGUUGUGGCACUUUUCACAACCCACAAGCUAGAACAACUCAUCGAAGCUGGCGCAGACUACAUUGUCCAAGACAUGCGGAGUGUGACCAUCAGUUCGUGGGAUAAGACGACAGGGGUCGCACAACUCAGCAUUGCCAACGCCUUGGUGUAG